AUCAUCAUCACACUUUAAAAAGGCUAAAAAAAGUCAGAAUAAAAAUGAUGCGCUUUCACAGAGCUUGUCAUCGUUUCUCUCUUUCACCUCUCUGCCAUUUAUCUCCGCCGUCUCCGCCGUCUGCUUCUCUCCUUCUACCUCCCAAGUUUUCCGGAUUCUCGACGCUGCGUACGCAUCGUUACUCAAAAGUUCGCAGAUCCUCCGGAAACUCGCUGACCACUGUCAUGUCUUCACGUUCUGCUUCUAGACUUCGCUGCCUCGCAUCUGUAUGUCCCGAAGGUGCAGAAGACGGUGGUGGUAGCAGCUCUAAUGGCUCAAUUUCAGCCUCCGCUGCGGCAACUGAAGAUGAUGAUUUGGCUUUAGGCACUGGAUAUCGUCUCCCUCCACCUGAGAUCAGAGAUAUUGUCGAUGCCCCACCAGUCCCGGCCUUGUCAUUUUCACCGCAUAGGGAUAAGAUCUUGUUUCUCAAGCGGAGAGCUUUGCCUCCGUUGGCAGAUUUGGCCAGACCAGAGGAGAAGCUUGCAGGUGUUCGAAUUGAUGGAUAUUGCAAUACCAGAAGCAGGAUGUCAUUCUAUACUGGUUUAGGAAUUCAUCAGUUAUUGCCUGAUGGUACAUUGAGUCCAGAGAAGGAGAUCACUGGCAUUCCAGAUGGUGGUAAGAUUAACUUUGUUACAUGGUCCAAUGAUGGUAAGCAUCUGGCUUUCAGCAUCCGGGUCGAUGAGAACGGAAAUAGUAGUAAGCCUAUAGUAUGGGUAGCUGAUGUUGAGACUGGAGAAGCUAGACCACUUUUCAAGUCGCAAGAUAUUUAUCUGAAUGCGAUUUUCGAGAGUUUUGUUUGGAUUGAUAAUUCCACUUUGUUGGUCAGCACAAUCCCUUCAUCUCGUGGAGACCCACCAAAGAAACCUUUGGUCCCGUCUGGUCCCAAAACUCUGUCAAACGAGAAGAAGAAUGUUGUACAAGUUAGAACAUUCCAGGAUUUGCUUAAGGAUGAAUAUGAUGCUGAUCUAUUCGACUACUAUGCCACGUCACAACUAGUAUUGGCUUCUUUGGAUGGUACAGCGAAGGAAGUUGGGUUACCUGCAGUAUAUACGUCAUUAGACCCUUCGACAGACCAUAAGUACUUGUUAGUUUCAUCCCUUCACAGGCCAUAUUCUUUCAUUGUACCUUGUGGUAGAUUUCCAAAGAAGGUUGAAGUCUGGACAGCUGAUGGUAAAUUUGUAAGACAGCUGUGUGACUUGCCCCUAGCCGAAGAUAUCCCCAUAGCCUCCAAUAGUGUGCGCAAAGGAAUGCGUUCUAUAAAUUGGCGGGCAGACAAGCCGUCAACCCUUUAUUGGGCUGAAACACAAGAUGGGGGUGAUGCCAAAGUGGAAGUUUCACCACGUGAUAUAGUUUAUAUGCAGUCUGCGGAACCACUAGCAGGAGAAGAACCAGAAGUUUUGCACAAGCUUGAUCUUCGCUAUGGAGGCAUUUCUUGGUGUGAUGAUACAUUGGCUCUCGUUUAUGAAUCAUGGUAUAAAACACGACGGACAAGGACAUGGGCUAUCUCUCCUGGAUCUAACGAUGUCAGUCCACGCAUAUUGUUUGAUAGAUCAUCGGAAGAUGUAUACUCAGACCCUGGCUCAACCAUGCUGAGGAGAACCGCUGCUGGAACGUAUGUAAUAGCCAAGAUAAAGAAGGAAAAUGAUGAAGGCACUAAUGUCUUACUGAACGGAAGUGGGGCUACACCACAAGGGAAUGUACCCUUCCUUGACUUGUUUGACAUAAACACAGGCAACAAAGAACGGAUCUGGGAGAGCGACAAAGAAAAGUAUUUUGAGACGGUUGUGGCCUUGAUGUCUGACCAGAAAGAAGGGGAUUUGAAAAUGGAGGAGCUUAAAAUUCUGACAUCAAAGGAGUCUAAAACUGAGAACACCCAAUAUUCUCUCCAACUUUGGCCUGACAGGAAAGUGCAACAGAUUACAAACUUCCCUCAUCCGUAUCCCCAGUUGGCUUCGUUACAGAAAGAGAUGAUCCGGUAUCAACGAAAAGACGGGGUUCAACUUACUGCAACACUAUACCUACCACCAGGCUAUGAUCCAUCAAAAGACGGUCCUCUGCCUUGUCUGUUUUGGUCUUAUCCUGGUGAAUUCAAGAGCAAAGAUGCUGCUGGUCAAGUCCGUGGCUCUCCGAAUGAAUUUGCAGGCAUUGGUUCAACUUCUGCCCUUCUUUGGCUUGCUAGAAGGUUCGCUAUAUUAUCUGGACCUACUAUACCAAUAAUUGGUGAAGGUGAUGAAGAGGCUAAUGAUAGGUAUGUCGAGCAAUUGGUUACAAGUGCUGAGGCUGCUGUAGAGGAAGUCGUCAGGCGUGGAGUGGCCCAUCCAAGCAAAAUCGCUGUUGGGGGACACUCCUAUGGAGCGUUUAUGACUGCGAAUCUACUUGCACAUGCUCCUCAUCUUUUCUCCUGCGGAAUAGCUCGAUCUGGCGCUUACAACAGGACACUCACACCCUUUGGUUUCCAGAACGAGGACCGAACACUGUGGGAAGCUACUAACGUCUAUGUAGAGAUGAGCCCAUUCAUGGCUGCUAAUAAAAUCAAGAAGCCAAUCUUGCUCAUCCAUGGUGAAGAAGACAAUAACCCAGGAACUCUAACAAUGCAGUCGGACAGAUUCUUCAACGCACUGAAAGGCCAUGGGGCUCUUUGCCGACUUGUGGUUCUUCCUUACGAGAGCCAUGGGUACUCAGCACGGGAAAGCAUUAUGCACGUUCUCUGGGAAACUGAUCGCUGGCUUCAAAAAUACUGUGUUCCGAACACAUCAGAUGCAGACACAAGUCCAGACCAGUCCAAAGAAGGAUCGGAUUCUGCAGAUAAAGUAGCGACUGCCACAGGAGGUGGUAACCCGGAGUUUGGUGAGCAUGAAGGUCACUCCAAGCUCUGAGGAGAUCACUUCUCUGAGUCUCUGUGCCUCGGGUUUGGGCAUUCAAACGCACUUGCAGAAACUGGGAACACAACACAAACUAUAUUUUUUCAUAGAACAUUCGGAUUCGUAA